ACACGCUCCAUUUUUGCUGCUUUUCUCUUUGGCCGUUUUGGGCCGCUAUGUGACUGCUGCCACACCGUCAGGAUGAGAGGUGGUGCUCUGUUUGUAUAGUCGUGAGCCGUGUUUGGACCGACAGAUUUCACACCGAUGUAGUGAUGUUCACCUUAGGCCUGUGUGAAAUACCCACUUACGACAGACAUAUCACGACUGGCUUGACCAAGAAUGGACAGCUAUGGGUUGUGUGGACAUUUGUGGACUCAAUGAGAUUUUGGAGAUACCAUAAUUUAAAGCUGGUAAAAAGUUUGGGGAGAAAAAACUCUUUUCACCGUAUAGUGCCAUUCUCCAUCUUUCCAGCAGGUUCUUUUGAGCUCACGGAGGUUCAGAAUCCCAUUGUGCCUUUGAAUCUCUGUUACACUGUGUAUUGGCACCCUUUGUCCACAUACAGUACAAUGAGGGUUUCGGAUAGAGGUACUGAAUAUGUGCUGUCAGCCCAUUCUACAGCGCAAGCCUCAAUGGAGCCCUCUCCGUCGGACAAACAGCAAACACUUCAUAUGUAGUCAUGCAGGUGGGAUGUUUGUGCACUUUACAGGAUUUGGAUUAAAAAAAGAGUUUUUUUCUCCAAAGGUUGAGUGAUGGGAGACUGGUCUAUUCUCGGGCGCUUCCUCACAGAAGUGCAGAAUCACUCCACGGUCAUCGGCAAGAUCUGGCUGACCAUGCUGCUGAUCUUCCGAAUCCUGCUGGUGACGCUGGUGGGCGACGCCGUCUACAGCGACGAGCAGUCGAAGUUCACCUGCAACACGCUGCAGCCCGGUUGCAACAACGUCUGCUACGACACCUUCGCCCCCGUCUCGCACCUGCGCUUCUGGGUCUUCCAGAUCGUCCUCGUCUCCACACCGUCCAUUUUCUACAUCGUCUACGUGCUGCACAAGAUCGCCAAGGAUGACAAGCUGGAACUGGAGACGGUGCACGUGCAGAGCAAGCGGCCGGUCGGGGACUACCUGGGCCAGGUGGAGAGGGGCGAGGGCCAGGGGGGUCAACACUACGAGGAAGAGUGGGGCCCGCCCCAGGAGGAUGAGUGUGCGGAGCAGAGUCUGCUGGAUGAGGACUACAGGGAGGUGGGGAAGGACCCCACGCAGCUGUCCAGCCAGGUCCUGCUCACAUACAUCGUCCACGUGGUACUGCGCUCGAUCAUGGAGAUCACUUUCCUGGUGGGCCAGUACUACCUGUUCGGCUUCGAGGUGCCGCACCUGUUCCGCUGUGAGACCUACCCGUGCCCGACGCGCACUGAUUGCUUCGUGUCGCGCGCCACCGAGAAGACCAUCUUCCUCAACUUCAUGUUCAGCAUCAGCCUGGGCUGCUUCCUGCUCAACAUCGUGGAGCUGCACUACCUGGGCUGGGUCUACAUCUUCCGCGUGCUCUGCUCCGCCUGCUCCACGUGCUGCCGGCCAGAGAGGGGCCCCGCGGAGCGCAUCAGCCUCUACGCUGACCACAACCCCCUGCUGCUGCAGCUCAAGCACUCGCUGCGCGGACACCUCAUUCUGCAGAGCCCGGCGCCCGACGCCCAGGAGAAGGUCGGGGGUGGCGGAGGCGGAGGCGGGCUGCUCGCCCACGCGCCGGCCAUCUCAUUCGAGACGGACUCCACGGUGGAGUGCACGUCCAAGCGGAGCCCGGAGGAUAGGGAGCGCAUGAGGGUCAAACUGGCCAACGUGGCCAAGCUGGGCCGGACCAAAAAGUCCUGGCUAUGAGUCAGGACAAGCCCAUCAUGCUAUCUACCCUCUCUACUCUCUGAGUGGAAGGUGUUUUGGUCAAUAUACAAGUCUACAAGUCAGGAUGCUCAAAACACAACAAACUCCUCGCAUGGCAGCCUAUGAUUCCUCUGUGUAUGACUGUGUGAGUGAACAGGUGAAAGUGAGGCAUUACUUUGUAAAGCACUCUAAGUACUCGGGGGAGAAAAAAAAGUGCAAGAUAUUCAAAAUGCUGUCCAUCUACUAGUUCACCAUACCAGGAUAGAGCUAUCAGGACCUCGCUCCUCCCUAAGGGCAAGAUGUUUUAGUCAAUAUGUAUGUUUCAUAUUGUUAUAUAACAUCUUUGAAGAAACACAUUUUGUAUCUGGAGCCAUAAACAGUGCACAGAAACCAAAUUCCACAGUGGAUGGAAAUACAGUACAUAGCUCCAACCCAUUUUAAAUCAUUUUCAGCUCAACAUUAAUUUAUAUUGCAUAUUGACCUGGAUAGCAGGUAUUAUUUGGCAUCCCUUCGUUCACUUCUUAGCUACUUCUUGGUGAAAUUGUAGUUAAUCUUUAGUAAUAACAUGAUUUUUGCUGUGUAAUUUCAGGCAUCAUACACAAACACUAUUUUAGUGCAUAACUUGGCUGUGUAAGCUGUGUGGUACAAGUGAAGAUUUAAACAUUAGUUUUGGGCCAGUUUGACUGAAUGUGAACAUGUUUUGGAGUAAGCACUCAUUUAUAUGUAAUGUCGAUCAGUUCUGACAUAAUGUUUGUUAAUAACUAUUUCUCACAAAACCUUUCUUGGGUGAACUAUUGUGAAAGAAUGAUUGUUUUUAUAUAAAUAUUAUAGAUGUUCUUCAUUCAUAUGAGAAAGCUUUUUGAAUAUUUCAGUGUUGCAUAGGCCUGACUACAUUUUCAAAAGCUUCACAUUUUAGGGGCCAGUUUAAAUGGCAUGCAAUAAUCCUGAGAGAACCAGCAACAGCGACUGUGACAUCAUAGGUGUAUGGUUGUACCAAACAUAAAUACACUAGUCCUAGUCAACAUAACACUUCACAUGCAAUUUAUGAGAGGGCAUUUGCCAGCAUGUUACUUGCGUGAACUUGAAUGACUGAUAGAACUAUCUGUAAGCUUGUGUUUGUUAAAGACCAUUUUAGUGGUACUUUGAAGAGGGAAGUGAUAAAGGGAAAAGGAGUGAGUCAGAACGACGAGGAGAGGAAGAGUUUGGAGAGACUGUUGACACGAGUGAGAAUUAUAAGCAAGACUGAGAGGCUGAGAGACAUCUCCUUUGAGGAAGACACUUCUCAGUAGACAUAUACCAAACGUAAGAGGUGGGUAUUGAAUGGGUUUUCAUGGGUAUUGAAUGAAUAAUUCAUGGGUAUUGAAUGAAUAAUGAAACUAGGGCUGGAAUUCUACUGUCAUGAAGAAAUGUACACCCAUUAUACUCAUAAUAACUCAUCUCGUUACUCAAACCCACACAUUAUAUGUAAUUUUCUAGCAGCCCACCAGAGAGCACUGUUUCAUAAAUUGGACACACAUAGGUACAGCUAGACUGCUCUAUCUGUUCAUUGGUAUGAUCUAACAUACCCUGGCGUAGAGCAAGCACAUUUGCUUGCAUGGAACAGUGACUGUAUGCUCACUGUCCUAGGCGUAUGUGAACAUUCACAACACUGCAUGGCAAACAACUGAAGAAAAAAGCAUAUUUAAAUAAGUAAAUAUUUCAAACGUAAUCACUGAGGGUGCUACAGUCAGGAGAUGUGCAUUUCAUGGAGUCACAAAAGAAAAAAAUCAACCACUAUAUAUCUCUAUUGUUUAAU